UUUUCAUGGGGAUUGAGAAAUUCCCCUUGAAUCCCGAUUUGCGACGGGCUGCGAUCCAGUCGGCAUCCAAUUGCAAAAUCUCCAACAUUGAUCACGACGUGUGUCGUUGUCAAGCAUUCUUAUUUGCAAUCUAACCACUAGACCUCGACUCUGAUCACGAAGAAUUUCAAAAAUGAACGGCGUACACGGGGGCUUUCCCCCGCCAGGCGGACCGCCGCCCGUUGCAGCUGUUUGGCAAGAGCACCGUACCGCUGACGGUCGCCUUUACUACUACAACUCGGCCACUAAGGUCACCCAAUGGACUAAACCGGAGGAUAUGAUGACGCCCGCGGAGCGUGCGCUUGCCAACCAGCCAUGGAAAGAAUACACUGCAGAAGGCGGUCGUAAAUACUGGUAUAACACUGAGACAAAGCAGAGCUCUUGGGAGAUGCCAGAGGUAUACAAGGCGGCAUUGGGCGUCCCUGCAACCCCCUCUGCCCCUGCUUUCUCUACACCUGGCGGCCACGGUGGUGAUAGAGCCGAUGGAGGUCGCGACGGUGGAGGCUAUGGCCAUGGAAGGGGAAAUCAUGGUCAUGGACUUGGCUACGAUCAUCAUCGCGAUCGUGAUCGUGACCGUGAUAGAGAACGGGAUCGCGACCGGGACCGGGACCGUGAUCGUGAUCGCAGGGAAUCACUGCCCGAGUCUCGUCAGUUGACAUUUGGCAACGAUAGUCGCUUUCAAUCCUUUAUUCCUGCCAGCAACGAACCUGAAUUUGACUCGCCCGAAGAGGCCGAGGCUGCCUUUGUCAAGCUGCUACGCCGCAGCGGUGUCGAACCGAAUUGGACUUGGGAGCAGGCAUUGCGCACCAUUGUUAAGGACCCGCACUACCGGGCGAUCAAGGAUCCCAAGGACAGGAAGGCUGCUUUCGAGAAAUACUGUCACGACGUUGUUGUUCAGGACAAAGAGCGUCAGAAGGAGCGGCUGGCAAAGCUUCGGAGUGACUUUACUGCUAUGCUCAAGAGCCAUCCGGAGAUCAAAUACUACACCCGCUGGAAGGUGGCGCGGCCCAUGAUCGAGGGUGAGACCGUCUUCCGCUCGGCUGGUGACGACAACGAGCGUCGGCAAUUCUUUGAGGAUUACGUGCGGGACCUGAAGCUUGCGCAUGCUGAAGAACAAGCCGCCUUGCGCAAGAGCGCAAUGGACGGGUUGAUUGAGCUGCUACCAAAACUCAACCUGGACCCAUAUACGCGUUGGGCCGAUGCACAAGGAAUCAUAUCUGCCACUCCUCCUUUUCAAAGCGACGAAAAGUACAAGUCCCUGACCAAGUUUGACAUUUUGACCGUUUUCCAAAACCACAUCAAGGCACUCGAGCGCAGCUUCAACGACUCGCGCCAAGAACAAAAGACCAAGAAGUACAGGCAAGAGCGCAAGGCCCGCGAUGCUUUCUCGGCCCUGCUCACGGAGCUUAGACAAGCCGGCAAAAUCAAGGCCUCUACCAAGUGGAGCCAGAUUUUUCCUCUGAUUGAGAAUGACGAACGAUACCAGGCUAUCCUUGGGCAAAGCGGCUCGACUCCGCAGGAUAUGUUUUUUGAUAUCAUUGAGGAGGAAGAGCGUGCUUUGCGGAGCACGCGAAAUGAUGUUGAAGAUGUCAUUGAUGAUAAACGCUUCGAAGUAUCGCCCAAGACCACCUUCGACAGUUUCUUGGCAGUCAUGAAGGAGGAUCGUCGUACUGCUAACCUUGAUCAAGAAGUGCUUUCAUUGAUUUUUGAGCGUCUCCUCGAGAAGCGAAAGGAGAAGCGAACAGAUGAGGAACGCCAGGCAGAACGCAAAGAGCGACGAGCCAUUGAAGACCUUCGGGCUUACAUGAAGCGCGUUGAGCCACCAAUCAGUGUCAACGACACGUAUGAAAAGGUCAAACCCCGCCUCCAGAAAAGUGAUGAGUUCCAGGCAGUACACUCUGAAGAUGCUCGUCGCGGGGCAUUUGAAAAGUAUCUACGCAGACUUCGGGAGAAGGAAGAGGAUGCCGAACGAGAUCGCCAACGCCGCCGCGAUAGAGACGAGCGUUCCAGCUACCGCGAUAAAGAUAGAGGUGAGCGAUCUCAUCGCCAUGGCGGUCGCGCUGCCAGGUCAAGCCGUAGCCCUGAACCUGAUUCGUACGAGGCCGAUCGUCGCAAGGCGAUUGCCGAGCGCGAACUUAACUACCGAAAGUCUAGCAUGGCUGAGAGCCUUUUGUCAGACCGGCCAGAGCGUCGGAGCGACGAUCGACACAGCCACAGGGACUAUAGAACUCGCAGCCGGGAUAGGGACCGUGAUCGGGCAAGGGAUCGGGAUAGGAGUAGGGACCGAGACCGUGAACGUGAUAGGGCGCGUGAUCGCGACAGUGAUCGCAUUCCACGUUCUCGCAGGGAUGACGACCGCAGCAGGGAACGUGAACGGGAUAGGGAUCGCGAGCGUGACCGGGAUCGGGACCGGGAUCGAGAAAGAGCGCGCGACCGUGACUACGACCGUCCCCCACGCUCCAGGAGAGACGAGGGGUCAGGACAUUAUGAUCGCGAGCGACGCGAACGGGAAGAGUCGCGUGAGCGGUUGUACCGCCGUCGUGAGGUGAGCAGCCGGGCAACCGAUGAGCUCAACUAUGGGGAUGACAAGCCAUCGACCGCGGCAACUCCCACUGCAGCGGCAGCUUCUGGUUCUUCUUCAGUGCGCCGUAGACGCGAGGAUGAUGAGCCGGACCGGCGCGAUUCCAAGAGACUCAAGCGAGAGUCUUCACGUGAAAAGACUUCACCAGCAGUGGACAGCACUCGCAAGAGCGCGCGUGGCUCCCAAGCACCCAAGGAUGACGCUGCAGGUGUGCACAGCGGGAGUGAAGAAGGUGAAAUUGAGGAGGAUUAGAUCACUCGCGAGCUUUACUGCUAUCGGCGAGCAUUGGACGUACGCGUUCUUUUCCAUGAUUCUGCUCGUGCCCACUGAAUAACAUAGCUACUCCUGGCAACGGUCCCUCCCCUAGGUAUCGACAGCGGUCAGAGAAGGAUUUGGCGUUUGACAGUUGGGAUGGAGGUGAGGCUUUGGAUGACAGUCUCCAAGUACGUACUGGUUCAACAUCCAAACUCGUUUGACGUUCUUGGCCAGAUGACAUUACACGACUGAAGCACCAGCAACCUCUUCCUCGACUUUUGGCAAACAUGCGACAAUUA